AGGUCCCAUCCCAAGAAACGUGUCCCACGCGCCACGCCGUCGGUUUCCAGGGCAACCCGGAGCUUCUCCGUAACCCUGCGCGUAACCUUGGUCCUUUCCUGGAGCCCCUAGCCUGGCCAUGACGGCGGCGGGUCCCAGCGUCUUCCUACUCAUGGUCAACGGGCAAGUGGAGAGCGCCCAGUUUCCAGAGUACGAUGAUCUCUACUGCAAGUACUGCUUUGUGUAUGGCCAGGACUGGGCCCCCACGGCGGGUCUGGAGGAGGGCAUCUCACAGAUCACGUCCAAGAGCCAGGAUGUGCGGCGAGCGCUGGUGUGGAACUUCCCAAUUGACGUCACCUUCAAGAGCACGAACCCCUACGGCUGGCCGCAGAUUGUGCUCAGUGUAUACGGACCAGACGUGUUUGGGAACGAUGUGGUUCGAGGCUACGGGGCAGUGCACGUGCCUUUCUCACCUGGCAGGCACAAAAGGACCAUCCCCAUGUUUGUCCCCGAAUCCACGUCUAAACUGCAGAAGUUUACGAGCUGGUUCAUGGGACGCCGGCCCGAGUACACAGACCCCAAGGUGGUGGCCCAGGGUGAAGGCCGAGAAGUGACCCGCGUGCGCUCACAGGGCUUUGUCACUCUCCUCUUCAACGUGGUAACCAAGGACAUGAGGAAGCUGGGCUACGACACUGGGCCUCCUGACACACAGGGCACCUCGGGGCCCAGCCCGCCCCAGGGCAUCCCCCGGUGAAGGCCCGCACUGGGCCACGGCCACAGCCACUGAAUUUGGCCAUGCCGCCGCCAGAGAACACAGGGCUGUCCUUUUGGAGAGCUGGCCAGGGAUCCAGCUGCUUGAUGUGCAGCCUCGGAGGGGCUAGGAGGGUGGGGUCAGAUUUUUAUAUAAUAAAGCAUCACUUUCUCCAGA